AUGGCUUUCAAAUCAUGCUACGAAAUUAGUGAUGAUGAUGAAGAACUCUCUAAUGAUGAGAUUGCAUAUCUCUCAAAGAAGUUUUUAAGGUUCCUGAAGAACAAGGGUAGAACCUCAUUCAACAAGAGAAGAUUCUCUAAAGACCAAAAAGGUAAGAGUGUUUCCAAAGAUAAUACUGACUCCUCCUCUAAAGACAUUGUUUGUUUUGAGUGUAGAAAAUCGGGAUACUACAAGAGAGAUUGUCCAAAAAUAAAGAAAUACAAAAAGACACACAAAGUCGAACACUCAUUUGACUUAAGCGAUGAAAAAGAGGAAGACGAAGAAUCUCAAGAAGAAGAGCAAACCAACUUAGCACUCAUGGCUCUUGAAGAUGAGAGUGGCCAGCUUGGUGAUAUGAGGGAAUCUCGGGAUUACCAUGAGAAAUGCAACUGUAAUCAAGUUGAGGAGAAUAGACAUUUCAGGAGGCAGUUGGCAAUUGCGAGAAUCACCCCUGCCCCAUUUGUGCCGCAUAGUGAUGAGAGCAGUGAUGAUGAGGGUUAUGCUGAUGAUGAUGAGGAUGAGGUGGUGCCAGAUGUUGAGACCUUAUCCUUCAGUGAUGAGAACUAG